GUGUUGACACCGGACGGAUAUGCGGCGAUGCACUUGCGCGUAAAACCGUAUGCAGCGCUCGCUAAGCAGCUACGGAGUGAUUUCGCCUCAAAUAAAGGAUCAGGAGGAAGAGAAGCGACGAUCAUCAUAAAAAAAAAAUCGAUUUCGGUUGGUCCAUCGUGUCCACCCGGGGGCCAGCGGCCCGUCGAUUCUCAGAGGAAGUCGGGAGGCUGGAUUCGAAAUGUCGCAGGGAUGUGCUGAAAGGCUGAUGGUGAAAAGAGGCAGAAGAGGAGAGAGGUGGAGUGAGCCCUUUUUGGCCCAGGACAGAUUUUAAUAGGAUCCUUAAAAAGCAGUGACACCUAUGGUCAGGAGGUGAUGGCAGUACUGACUGAGCUUCAUUCCUACAUACCCACCAUCUGCACACCUGAGCCUGUACGCCGCCCUACCUGCUUCCCGUCCUCUCUGUCUGCCUCUCCUCGCUCAUUCCCUACCUCUUCCUCCACCCUGUGAAGUUUCACUGUAACCUCUCUAUUAUGGCGUGCUGUGGGCGCUCUCUGGACUCCCCGUGCACCCUUGCCUUGCUGGUGGGUUUCCAGUUUGCCUUUGUACUAUAUUUCUCCCUUGGGGGUUUCAGAGGCCUCGUGUCUGUUCUCGUGCACACCACAGAGCCGGAGUUUGAUUACUCUAGACCUCACGAUGUCUACACCAACCUGAGUCAUCUGGGAGUACCGCCUCCUCCGCCUCGCAACUCUGGCACUGGACCCCCUGCCACAGGACCACCACUAAGAGACUGCCAGAUCCCAUCCCCACUGCUGGUCGGACCUGUGUCCGUCCAUCUUUCCUCUCCUAUAUCUUUAGAGGAGAUCAGACAAAGGAACCCAUUAGUGUUGCCAGGCGGAUGCUACCGGCCUCCGGACUGUGAACCUCGCCACCACACAGCGAUUGUGGUGCCGUACCGGAACCGGCAGACUCAUCUCCGUGCCCUGCUCUAUCACCUCCACCCUUUCCUGCAAAGACAGCAGAUCCACUAUAGCAUCUAUAUAGUGCAGCAGUGGGGGAACAGUACUUUUAACCGAGCCAAGCUUCUUAACGCCGGAGUGCGGGAAGCCCUCAGAGAUGAAGACUGGAGCUGCAUCUUCCUACAUGAUGUUGACUUGCUGCCUGAGAAUGACCAUAACACCUACACCUGCCACAAACAGUUCCCCACACACCUGUCUGUGGCAAUGGACAAAUUCAGAUACAGGCUGCCGUACCCACAAUAUUUUGGUGGGGUGUCUGCAGUAACACCAGACCAAUACAUGAAGAUGAAUGGCUUCCCCAACCAGUACUGGGGUUGGGGUGGAGAGGAUGAUGACAUUGCUGCCAGAGUACGUCUGUCUGGCAUGAAGAUUGUACGCCCUCCAGUGGCCAUUGGUCAUUACAAGAUGAUCAAGCAUAAAGGAGAUAGAGGCAAUGAGCAAAAUCCCCACAGGUUUGACCUUCUAAAAAGGACCAGACUCAACUGGCGCUCUGACGGCCUCAACUCUCUGACCUACGAGCUCAUUUCCAAAGAGCUGGAACCUCUCUACACCAAUCUCACUGUCAACAUUGGAGAAGACCCCCACCUGCCUCAGGUGAAAGCCCCCAUCCCUGUGAAAACAACAACUCCUGCCCACCAGCGUGGCACCAGCAAAACUGGUGACACAGCCAAACAGAAGAAAAGUCAAGAGAGCAAAGGAUCCAUGGUGGCAAAUGUGACUGUGACCAAGGGUGAAAAGACAGAACCUUUGCAGUGAAAGGCAGCAAAUGAAACAACACAGGAGCAGACAGGUGUGAUGAAAUAGGAUGAGGUGGAUAAUAAAGGGACUGCAUACUGUAACAUCUGUAGCAAAGAGUGGCUUCCCCCUUCAUUUUAAUCUGAAAGACAAACUGGAAGAAAACAGUGCAGAUCUGCUUUGUUGUGCGACUGUAUGUACACCAGUUUUUUGUGCUCACUGCAUGUUACUGUAAGGGAGUUUAUGCAAUGGAUCAAAUGAAGAAGCCACUUUUGUCCACAGGAACACAACUGAAUCACCUCUUCUUGCUUUAUCAUUCACUGAUCAUGCCCCGAGUGACUGACAGGUUUGUGGUCACACUCGUAACCAGGAGAAGAAAGAUGGACGACUUGGUCACAUCCACACAGAGGUCCACAACAAAAUCAAUGAGAAAGAAACAGCAAAUAUAUGAAACCCUGCUCUUUUUCGAGACUUGGCAACUUGUGAGCAGCACAUCUGCUGCCAGCAGACAUAGCUACAGCUUUAUCCAGUCUGCUCCCCCCCCAAAACUGCUGCCCCACUCCACAGUGGGCUUGUGUUUCUGUGCCUUCUCUCUUUUAUGCGCAUUUUAUAAACUGGUAUGGUUGCUUUUAGAUGCUGAUCUCCGGUUAGUUUGAACUCUCUUGCCUUGUGGCAACAGUUAAGAAACCAGGGAGGAUAAAGCUUAUCCUAGAUCAAAACAAACGAUUUGUUCCAGGACUGCCAUUUUAUAUUUGUGUGCAUUGAUAAAGCGCUGACCAACUCCAUAGUUACCAGACAACUCUAGAGUUUAUAUUUAUAUAGAGACUUAUUUAUUUGUUUACAGGUUUGUUUUACUUCUCCUUCAUUACAGUCUGGUGCCUCUCUCUUAUAUUUAGUUUAUAGACAAUCAAAUCAUAAGGAAACAUAACUCUAUAUCCAACCAGUGAACAAAGUGAGGAAAUAUUAUCAUUGCUAUCUUUACGCCUGUCAGAUAAACAUAGACAUGAUAGUUGUUGUCUAUACUUGAUACAUGGAUAGACCUGUGUUUCUGAUAUUAUCUGUGAUUUUAUCAAUUUUCUUUUAGAUAGAUAAGUCAGGUAUGGGAAUAUUGUAGACACGUGACUACAUAUUUGCCAGUUUAAGAUUGUUAAUAAUAACAAAAGUGGUCAUAGUUAAGAUAAAACACUGUGUUUAGAUUUUGGCCAGCUUUUGUCUAGAAGGCCUGAUGUCCUCACAAAGGCUCUGUUGGUAUGCUGUGAAAGACAUCUAAAAGUGCAUCUAAAAGCUAGAAAAUGAGUGUCUGGCUGUCCUUGUCUUUCAUCAUUCACUAUAACAAAGCGUUUGUGUCUUGAAGGAGAUGAGGGAGGAACAACGAGUAUUAGACAGAAGAUUAAAUUUGAACUGGGGCUGCCAAAAUCAGGACAUCAGUGUAAGCAAUGUGUUGAGUAAUUAGUUACCAUCUAUCUAUGAUCUAAAACCACUUCAGUUCUUUAAUGUUCAUUUUUUUCCAUAUCAGCCAUUUGGAAUGUAUUAUUUUGAGUGUUCAUUGUUUUCCUUUCUAAGUUUGUCACCUGAGGUGCUUAGUUUGUGGACGGGAACUUGAAACUCAUGAGUGGCUGCGUCUGAUUUCUUGCUGCUGUUUGACCAGGUAAACGGUUAACUGUACACCUAAAUAGCAUGAAGAGUGACAUAGUGUAAGACUAAAUAUCUGGUGUUGAAUUGUCUUAUCAUACUAACAAGUACUGUGUUACUCAUGUUAAUGUGAAUGUAUUUAAUUUGUUGAUUGAUUUAUUGCUUCACUGAUAGAGCUACAUGCACAGACUUUUAAAGCAACUUUGCACUGCAGAUGUGUUUUAGGGUUUGAAGUGCUCUUCUCCAUUGUAGAGCUGAUCUCCCUUUAUACCAUAUCUUCACAUUUCUUACAUUAGCUUCGUGCCUCAUGAAAUAAGCUCAUCUCUCUGAAGGACUGAAGACAUAUGGCUAGGUUAUAUGUGGCUGCCCUCAUGUGGCACAGUCUGGCAUAGCGCCAGUCAAAGAAACCAAGGACUGAAUGAAACUGCCUGUCUUGUGACAUGAUUGUUAAUCAUUAACUUUAGCCAUUCACACAUUUCAGCCAAUAAGAUCUUUGCUUUACUCUGUGUGGAGGGUUUCUCCUUUGCGUAGUAUCACAUGAUUGAUCUUGCCAACUUAAAGGUGUAGAACAACUCCAGGAAUUUUACUGCUUAAUAGAACCAAAAACUACAUGGGGAUCAUUUUAUGAAUGAAUAUAAUUAUAUGGAAAGAAUUUAUGUUUAUUUAGAAGCAGACAUCACUUGUUUUUAAAAACAGUAUCUUGACAGAGAGAGACAAUAAGACCUAAUUUAUUAGCUUUAUAUAACAAUUUUUUUUGCAAUUUUAUCAAUAGAUAAUAUGUCCUCCAUUUAUCAUAUCGCCUGGGACAAUGCCUGUAUGACAUAAAGCAAUGACACACUGAAAGCUUUUAAGGAUGUUAUGUAAUCUUAGCAAAAUGUGCUCUUAGUGGAGAUUGUUCUAUAUUUAAUAAAUAGGCUAGUUUUUAUAAAGGAUGUUUUAAUAAAUGUUGGAAAUACAUACUGUGCAGUUAAAUGCAAAGUCAGCAUUCAGGAUUGGAACUUUUUUGUAUUUUUUAUUUUGAUCAUGAGUUCAAUCUCUCAUUAAAUACCCACAUUUGAGUGUAAAUGUGAGAAUGAUGAGAAUCACUGGACUAGAAAGAUGAGAUGUUUGUGUAUUCAUGACAAAUAAGACGUGAUUAAUCAUCUCAGCUUGCCUUAUUUAUUGAUCUUGUCUUGAAGGUAAAAGAUUGUGUGUGUGUGUGUGUGUGUGUGUGUGUGUGGAGAGAGCAAGCUCAGCAAAAAAGGCAACAGAAGCAUUGAACUACAGAGGACAGUGUUGUGACAGACAGCAAAUA